CCGGCUUUGAUUCUCAAUAGCACCACCACCAAAGCCAAAAAAAAAAACUUCCAUUAUAAUUUCCACCCUCUUACUACUACUACAUACUACUUCAAAAAAAAGAAGGAGAAAUUAAAGAAUUUUAAUUUCUUGGUUUAAUAACGUAAACGAGCGAGCAGAGCCAAGGAAAGAGGAAAACCCGUCAUGGGAAGAUCACCAUGUUGUGAAAAAGCACAUACAAAUAAAGGAGCAUGGACUAAAGAAGAAGAUGAAAGACUAAUUGCUUAUAUUAGAACUCAUGGUGAAGGUUGUUGGAGGUCUCUUCCUAAAGCUGCUGGACUUUUACGGUGUGGUAAAAGUUGUCGUCUUAGAUGGAUUAAUUACUUGAGACCUGAUCUUAAACGUGGUAAUUUUACUGAAGAAGAAGAUGAACUCAUUAUCAAACUCCAUAGCCUUCUUGGUAACAAGUGGUCACUUAUAGCCGGAAGAUUACCAGGAAGAACAGAUAACGAAAUUAAAAAUUACUGGAAUACACACAUAAGAAGGAAACUUUUGAGUCGUGGUAUUGAUCCUACGACACACAGGCCUGUUAACGAGCCUAAUACAACUCCAAAAGUCACAACAAUUUCUUUUACUGCUCGAAAUAUUAAAGAUGAAGAAGAUCAGAAGAUGAUUAAUGUUAAAGGUGAAUUAUCUGGACUUAGCCAAGAAGAUGAAAUUAGCAGCAACAGUAGCCAAUUUCAAGAAUUACAGUGUCCUGACUUAAAUCUUGAGCUCAGAAUUAGCCCUCCUUAUCAGCAAAAUUACCAAAAUGACCAAGAUUUGAAACAAAGUCCAAGGUGUUUUGCAUGCAGUUUGGGCAUACAAAAUAGUAAAGAUUGCAAUUGCAGUAAAAAUAAUAUGGGUAAUAUUGCAAGUUAUGAUUUUUUAGGGUUAAAGACUAAUGGUGUUUUGGACUAUAGAACUUUGGAGACUAAGUGAAUUACUUUUUGGCCCCUUGUGCAUUUGGGUAAAAAAGGAAAAGAGAAUUGAGAAAAAUAGAGCUAUUAGUUUAAGUUCUUUCGAAUUUUCUCUUAUUUGUAAAAUAGAAAGUAUUAUUAUAUUAAAUUGAAAGCAGUAUAGCAGUGUACCUUACGACAUUUAUACUAGUAGUAUCAUUUUGGAGGAAUUUGCUGAUUA